AUGUCUAUCCUCCUGAACUUAUACCAGAGCAUGGCAAAUGCCCAUGUGCUUACCAAACAGACAACUGUCCCCCUGGAACAGUUACCUUGGACAGAGCUGUGUGCACUCUUGCAUGAGAAUGUUGAAGCCCUGAUCUUAAACUUCCACAAGGCUAACGAGAGGAUAUCUCACCUAGAACAUACUUGCAAGCAAAAGACUGACACUAUGAACAACCUUCUGGAGAACCAGGAGGAUGCUUUUAAGAAAAUGUCUGAAGAGUUUAAAGCACAGGAACAUUUAUGGCAGAAAGAAAAGCAAUGUCUUGAAGAGCAGUACUCAAAUCGCCUUGCAGAAAUUCAAGCCAGAGCACAGGAAUGUGAAGAAAGGGAGCAGAAAAACAGGCAAAAACUGUAUGGCCUUGAACAAAUGUGUGCACAACUGACCCAGGAAAACAAUUCCAUGAAAAAUACGUUAUCAAGUGGUCACAAGGAGGGCUCACCCCUGCUGGCAGCCUGUGCGCUGCUGUCAGGGGCCUUGUGCUCUCUCUAUGGCCGACUCUGCACUAUGCCUUGCCAAAGAGACAUUCUCCAGGAACAGAUGAACCAGCACCAAUUAUUGAAGGAGAAGAUCAUCAGCCUCCUUUAUGCUCUCCCUACUGUGGUGGAAAGAAACCAAGACGAAGGCAGGCUGAGGCAGAGGAGAGCCAAGAACCUGGUUUAUGUAUUCCGAAGAGCUGUGAUUGCAGUUCUGGCUGCUAACAGGCUGAGGGCUCUGGCCCGAUAUUCUUGUACCUUUUUUGUCUGGACGGAUGGCUCCAGAGGAAGCACUGGAAUUCAAGUUUGUGUGGGAGAAUCCAGAGGAAGGCAUCCUGUACCACGUAAGUGA